AUGGAUGCAAAGACCACCCAUCUAGACUGCAUCGAGUAUAAGGUGUCCCCUCCGGCACGAGUCUCCGCUCUCUCACUCGAAUCACUGGCCACGCUGGUUUGGCCAUUUCCACGCAAGGAGCACCUUCAUUUGCCGCUGACAGCAUGCGAGCAGCCUGCCGUCGUACCGUUCCAGAAAGGUUUCACGGUUGGAACAGCGAUCGGAUGA